ACCUCGACAAACUCUUUUUAUUUUCUUCUUUCCGUGACUAAUUCUUCAUAACCGCCAAGUCAAUACAAAGACCACAUACUGUGGCCAAAUGACCGUGCUGCAGCGAUUCAAAUUUGUAUACAAACACACAGUCAAAAAAAAAAAAAAAGGAAUGAUAGAGAACACGGCUUAAGAUAACACACAUGAUGUAUACAACAACAUAUACAUUUGGGUAAUAUCUCUCUGGUCGUUUCUACAGCGCGCGGCUGCAGAUCUAUCGUAUGGCGUCGGGAUGGGGCAAGGUACUCAUUGAUACCGUAACGGACGGCCCAAAUGUCCGCUUCAACCGGUCAGGUACGCUAACCAGCCGUUUCGAUAAAAUUUCCCAGACUUCGUUCCUGAAUAUUGUGAAUGACGACGUCCGGCAUCACAGAUAGUGUGCUUAUUAUCAAACUAGGUGGGGCCAUCCUCACGGACAAGCGAUCAACAUGUACAUUAGCUUCACCAAGUAAUCUUGAUUCCAUCUUUCAUCAAAUGCUGAGCACCUACCAGCAGUCGUCACAAAAGUUAAUACUUAUCCAUGGCGUUGGAUCAUUUGGUCACCCGCAAGCCAAGGAAUAUUCUGUGAAGGAAGGAACUUCGAAGAACCAAUCAAAAGAUGUGCGCGCAGGGCUAUGCUUAACUCGGGCGGCGGUGCUGCAACUCCAUGCUAGAGUCAUCAAAGACUUGACUGACCUUGGCCUCCCUGUGGUUUCUGUGUCGCCUUUCGAUCACGUCAUGACCCACGGCGGCAUAGAUGCAUCCUCAUCCACGAGCUAUGAGCACCUCUGUCGAAGAACGCAGGCACUCUUGGAUCAAGGAUACGUGCCAGUUUUACACGGUGACGCUAUAUUGGACGAUAAACAAAGCUGUACCAUUUUGUCAGGAGAUGUAGUCAUGAGAGAGCUUGCAAGAUCUAUCUUGCGCACGUCACGGUGCAUAUUUCUAACCGAUGUCGAUGGAGUAUUCGACAAAGACCCUAAAUCCCACAAAGACGCUCAACUCAUCCAAGAGGUUGCUAUCACUCACGAAAUCAGCCAAUCGGAUGCUAUCAACGGUGUUGCCGACGUAACUGGAAGCAUGCACGGUAAAAUGAAGUGGGCACGUCAAAUUGUACAUGAUGCGCCUGGUAAGGUCGAUGUAGUGAUUUGUCGGCAGGGUACUGAAGCUAGCAGACUAGCCAUGUCUGGAGCUGCAAUCCCAACGUCAGCGCAGUUGACGAUAUUUAGAUAGAGACGUUUCUGGAUUUGUACAUUAAUGUUCAUUGCUAACAAUUACACUGGUCGAUUUUAAAAUAAUUCCUUCUUUUGUCAUUAAUACUUUUUUUUUUUUGGA